UCUAUUUCAAACCUAAUAUUAGAUAAUGUCAACUCGAUUUCUAGAUUUCCAAUACAGCCUCUCAAAAAAGAGUUUUCUCAAAAAACCCUCAAAGUUAUUCUCUUCUAAUGACCGACAAAACUCAGGGUUGCCCAUUUAUCAGCAAAGUUCUUCCGAAAUUAGGCGAGUUUUCGACAAAUUUGACUCCAACAAGGAUGGGAAGAUCUCCCCGGAUGAGUAUAAGGAUAUCCUCAUCGCACUUGGGAGGGAUCAUGAAGCCCGUGAUGUACGUAAGAUAUUUGAAGUGGCUGACUUGAAUGGUGAUGGCUUCAUUGACUUCAAAGAAUUCACCGAAGCUCAAAAGAAGGAUGGAGGUGUGAAGACUGCUGAUAUUCAGAGUGCGUUUCGUGCUUUUGAUAAAGAUGGUGACGGUAAGAUUAGCGUGGAAGAGGUGUUUGAGUUGUUGAAGAGGAUCGGGGAAAGGUGCAGCCUUCGUGAGUGUAGGAAAAUGGUUAGGGCGGUUGACAAAAAUGGGGAUGGGGCGAUUGACUUUGACGAGUUCGUGACCAUGAUGACUCGUACCAUGAAGUUGCAUUAGAAAUGUGAUUGUUCGAACUUAUUGAAAUCCUAAUGUAUCAUUAGUGUACUUAUAAUAUCUAAUGUAAUGUGAUAAACAUAUAUUGUUGAAGACAUUUAGCAAUAUUGUUCUAAAUAAUCAAAUCAAUAAUUUUAGUUUAUUCA